CUGUUUGGCAGACGACUGGGAAAUCCAGACGGAAAUGCCAGUCCGGUGUUAAUCAGUCAUGAAGAAAUGCCUGCGUCAGGCCAGCAAGCAUCUCUUUCUUCCUACCAGACAAACUCCUCCAGACAUUACAAAAUGCAAAAAAGACUUCUGGCAAGAGCAACCCUUUAUUAACCAAGGGAUGCACACGAAUGAGAUACCCUAUAAUAAAUGUAGGGAGUGUGGGAAGGCCUUUAAAUAUGGUUCCCGACUAACCCAGCACAAGAGUAUCCAUUCUGGCAAGAAGCCUUAUCAGUGUCAAGAAUGUGGCAAGGCCUUCAAUUCCGGUUCAAAUUUCAUCCAACACCAGAGGGUUCAUACAGGUGAGAAGCCUUACGAAUGUAAAGACUGCGCUAAAGCCUUCAGUGGAAGCUCACAGUGAUUGAUUGAGCAUCAGCGAGUCCAUACCAGGGAGAAGCCCUACCAAUGUAAGGAAUGUGGCAAGGCCUUCAGUCGGAACUCACACCUUAGAGGACAUCACAGGAUUCAUACUGGUGAGAAGCCCUAUGUGUGCAAGGAGUGUGGGAAGAUCUUUAGUCAUUGGUCUCAGUUGGCUCCGCAUCAGACCCUUCAUGGCGGCAAGAGACUCUUUGAAUGCUAAGAGUGCGAGAGGGCUUUUAAUCAAGGAUCCACUCUUACUCGACAUCAGAGAGUUCACACUGGAGAGAGACCGUGUGAGUGUAAGGCAUGUGGCAAGACCUUCAGAGUGAAUUCGCAGCUUACGCAACAUCAGAGAGUUCACACUGGAGAGAGACCGUGCCAGCGUAAGGUCUGCAGUAGGGCCUUCAAGCGGGUCUCACAUCUCUCGGCACAUUACAGAACUCAUGCGGGUGGCAAGCUGUACGGGCGUAAGGAGUGCGAGACCGCCUUUGGCUAUUCAUUGCUCACAACUGAUGCAUUCCAAGGAAAAGCCCCACAAGUAUAA